CAGGUCUCCUGCUACGUUUGACAAUGAGCCGCGAACCUCGAAACAUGGACUCAUUAACAAAGAAAAGUAUCGAGGAUAUCCCAUGGUAUCAUCAUAAUCUGACCAGGAAUGGUGCUGAAGUGUUGCUACUUGAGUAUGGCUGUGAAGGAAGCUACCUACUGAGACCAAGUAAAAACAACCCAGGGCAGUACACUAUAUCAGUCAAGAGCGUCAAUUCAGUAAGGCACUUUCCACUGGUUUAUGAUGACAUAAAGUUUGUCUUUGGAGUUGGAGAAUUUUUUAAUGUUGAGCAGCUAGUGGAACAUUUCAAGAAUUACCCAAUAAUUCCAGGAGACACAGGUCAAGCUGUUACACUGGCAUUUCCAUAUCCUUCUAAGGUUGAUGAGCUGUCAGUCUACGAGGACAUCACCAGACAUGUGGUGCACAGUGGCUCCUUUAAGUGCCACACCUUGUCCAACCCAAGUUCCCCAAUAAACGAAUUACCAGAUGUAAAUUGGUCGGUUGCAUCAAAGGAAGGAUUUCUUACUAAAAAAGGAGCUAUUCAUAAGAACUGGAAGAGAAGGUGGUUUGUUACAAAUAGAUAUACACUACAGUACUAUAACCAACGAGGGGAUAAGAAACCUUUAAAAGUGCUUGACCUCCACCUAGCAGAAGAAGCUGUCAAAAAUGAGACAUGUGGAAAGCCCAAUGCCUUUAGCUUAGUUUUUCCGGACAGAACAUUUUUUCUAUAUGCCGACUCUAAGCAGGAAAUGCAAGAAUGGAUUGACUUGCUCAGUUGGAAAUUGCGGAAUAAAGUGAAGCUCAAAAAACGCUGUGAAACUGUAUGAAAUUGAAAAGAGUUUUACCAGCAGAUAUCAAGCACUGACAAAGUUUAAAAUAUUCUGUACAUAUUACAACUUAAUUAUAAUGUAUAUAUUGUUGUCAGUA